UCAGUCAACAUGUUCGUCACGCUAUCGUUCACAUCGAGCAUCCUUCUCUUUCUCGUGAUCACUGCAAAUGGCAAUAGUGUAGAGAAGGAUGAUAAAUAUCUAACGUUUCCAGCAAAUUUUCUCCUGGGAGCUUCGACAGCCGCAUACCAAAUCGAAGGAGCUUGGAACGUGAGUGAUAAAGGAGAAAGCGUUUGGGAUCGAUUCAGUCAUUACAACGAUGGUCGUAUUAUUAACGAUGAAACUGGCGACGUCGCUGCGGACUCGUAUCAUAAAUACAAGGAAGACGUAAAUAUACUAAAGAGACUCGGGUUCACGUCGUACAGAUUCUCCGUGAGUUGGCCCAGAAUAUUACCGACAGGAUUCGCGAAUAAUGUUAGUCAAGAUGGCGUUAAUUAUUACCACAAUCUCAUCGACGAGCUAUUGGCAAACGGUAUCGAGCCACUGUUGACGUUAUGUCACUGGGAUCAUCCUCAAGUUUUGGAAGACGCGAACGGCUGGUUGAAUCCGGAAAUGGUCGACUGGUUCGGCGAUUUCGCCAGGGUUGUGUACAGAGAGUACGGUGCAAAGGUGAAACGGUUCAUCACGAUAAACGAGAUCGGUGCUUUAUGCAAGAAUGGUUAUUCUUACGGGUUCCAUGCUCCCGGGAAAAAACUGCACGGUUUCGGCGAGUAUCUUUGCGUUCACAACGCAUUGAAAGCUCACGCGAGGGCUUACAGAAUUUACGAGAGAGAGUUUAAACCGACGUACAAGGGUCAAGUCGGAUUCAUGAUCAACUCGCAUGCCUACAUGCCUAAAAUUCCGGAGGACGCAGUGUCGGCGGAGAUCGCUUUUCUGUUCAACUGUGGCUGGACCUUGCAUCCGAUUUAUUCGGAGAAAGGCGAUUAUCCAGAAAUUAUGAAGAACAUGGUAGCCGCCAAGAGCAAGCAGCAAGGUUACGCUAAAUCUCGUUUACCGGAGUUUGAGCCCGAGUGGAUAGAGUACAUACGGGGAACUUCCGAUUUUAUGGCGGUAAAUCACUAUACUUCGAAACUAGUUGAACCUGGAGAGAGGGGGAAGGUACCUUCCCAUGACAACGAUCAGGGUGUAAAAUUAUCCGUGGACGAUUCUUGGAAAUCCUCAGCCUCCGCGUGGUUGAAAGUUGUACCACGAGGUUUCCGAUACGUUCUUCGUCAGUUGUCAUCAAAAUAUGGAAAUCCACCAAUGUACAUCACCGAAAAUGGUUUCUCGGACUUGGGAACCCUCAACGACACCGAUAGAGUCGAUUACUAUCGCGAAUAUUUGAAACAGAUGCUUCUGGCCAUACAUGUUGAUGGCGUAAACGUGCGAGGAUACUAUCUAUGGUCUCUCCUCGAUAAUUUUGAGUGGGAACGGGGGUACAGCGAACAUUUCGGCAUCGUGUACGUCGAUAUCAACGAUCCAAAUAGAAAACGGACCCUGAAGGAGUCUGCUACCUGGUGGCAGCAGGUUGCAACCAAUAAGAGCGUAAUCCAUAACAGAUUUACACAGAGGAGUGCGUCCACAGCCCUAAUUGGUCGCAGAAUGGCGCGGAGCGUCGCUUGGAAUGAAAAUCAGCGAGGCCUAAAGGCGGUCUGGAGAUAUUCAAGAAUCCUUGUUCCCUAGAGUAAAUAUUACGUGUGUAUAAUAUAUGCAGAGAGUCCGGAAAUCCGUGCUUUGGAAUCCCAUGCGAGGGAUUAGCCAUCCACCAGAGCUGAGUAAAUUGGGGGGACACCGGCCCGAGGAAGUGACGCUAUAUCCGGUUAAUUUUAUUACCGGUGCUGGUGGAAGGAACGAGUAAACGCUUCGAAUGACACGAGGCGCAGGAACGAGGACGACAUGGACGGACGGACGGACGAAAAUAAAGGGGAAUUACGGGGAAAGAAAGUACGUCACGAUGAAUGGUAGGCGCAAGGGAUGAAAAGAGAUUGUCGCAUUAAAUAUUUCCCGUAUACGCUCGUUAAUCUCUUUUGUAACGUUUGCAGACUGGAUUUUUUACUUGUCUUUGAUAUCGCGUAACUGUCUCUCGAAGGAAUGCUUUGCUCGGCAAAUAAAGUUACGUCACUUUUA